GUUCGGAACAAAGCCCGCUGUAGCCAGGGUUGUCGUUUGCCAAAGUCUGCUGCCGAUAUCGAUUUCCUAGCUGAGCUAAAUAAUUGUACACGUAAGCACAAGGACUUAAAAUCAGCCGCUUUACUGGCUGAACUAGACCUACACAAUAAACAGUGAAGGAAACAGCCGCGUGAUAGUGUGCGGGAUACGGAAACAUCAAUAUUCAUGACUUACCGAUGCGUCAUCGUGUGACCCGGAGGUACACACGCAAGAAAUUAAUACACGUAGUGGGUGAAUGCAGUCUUCCGUAAUUUUUGAACGUUUUUGUGUACUUUUUGUGAAUCAGAUGCAAUAAUUACAGCUGUAUUUUGAAUGCUGGUGCUUCCAAGGAGUCGCGGUUCGACAGGAUACCCAAUUUGUCUCCGUGAUUAUGUACCAAUGCAGCUGGACAUUCGGGCAAUUCAGUGACCGGCGUAAAGGCCGUUGGAUGACGGCAUAGCUAAAUUUGGACUCCACGGUGCACACACUGUACGCACGCGAUUCGUGGUAACAAUUACGCUCAGAGUUAAGCGUCGACAGCCGAACUCGGAAAGUAGCGCAGAAAACUAGCCCCCAAAGGACCUGCAAUCGGACGAUUUUAGCAGAGCUCGUAGCUGCCUGGCAGGUCUGUACGGAUCGGUGAAUGCUUCCAACUCCUCAGGGCCUGAAAUCAAGCUGGGACGCCGACAUUUGGAGGGAUGUUUUCGGGGGCGACUGUGAGCAUGAGAGCCACUGUUGAAAUGAAGAUCUGGUGAAAGAAAUUUGCCUUUUCAGUUUUCGUCUUCAUCCCAGCGCUCCCAGCCCUGGGCGCCGUGUAGGGUACAGCGUGGGUCUAAAAUGAUGCACUACCGUUGCCUCGACCCACCUACCACCCCUGUACACCAGCAGGCGGAGCCCUCCCCUAGUGCCAACAUACCCAGCCCGGCCACCCCUGUCUACAAUGCAGGAUCGAUGGCGUUUCCCGACUGGGCCUACAAGCCGGAGAGCAGCCCUGGAUCCAGACAGAUCCAACUCUGGCACUUCAUCCUGGAGCUGCUGCAGAAGGAAGAGUUCCGGGACGUGAUUGCCUGGCAGGGUGACUACGGCGAGUUUCUGAUCAAGGACCCGGACGAGCUGGCCCGGGUCUGGGGCGUCCGCAAGUGCAAGCCACACAUGAACUAUGACAAGCUUAGCAGAGCGCUCAGAUACUACUAUAACAAGAGGAUCCUUCACAAAACCAAAGGGAAACGUUUCACCUAUAAGUUCAACUUUAGCAAGUUGAUCUUGGUGAACUACCCAGGCACCGACAUGAAGUACAUCCCGCAGUAUGUCCCUCCGCAAUCGGCCCCAGCAUCCAACAAUCCUAGUUCCCCUGACGAUGUCAUCCUCAUCGAUGACAACAACAAGAAGUCGCAGGAGCGGCCGGGAGUGCGGACCCUCAGCGAGUCCUCCAGUGACUCUCAGGAAUCAUUGGAAGGGACCAAGCGGCCGCCACCGCCCGUUCGGCAACGUUCUCACAGCCUCGGGGAUGCCGAGCCACUGGGGAUCAACCAGCCAGGGUUGCGGGGUGAUGGACAACCCCCGGUGGUCCCCAUCGAUGUCAGGCCUCCUCCCUUCUCCCCAAGCUACCAGCCUCUGAGGCCCACUUUUUACUCCCACUCGCUACCGGCGAGCCCUUGCUAUCUUUCCCCGAUGCCCAGUCCAGCAUCUGCCAUGAGCCCGAUCUUCACCGCACCGUGCCCGCGGUUCACUUACUCCCCAGCCGAGAUUCGGGCCCACCAGGAAGCACAGUCUAGACUGGAACAUGAUCGGGUCACAAAGCUGCGAGCACAGACCCUGCCCCGGCCGUUCGCCAUGGCCCAAUCCCCCGGAACUAUAUGGAGGACUCACAAUGAAAAUGAGGUGCGGAUAAGUGGGUUGAAUUUAUCCCCUCCAGAGCCACAGCAGCAGCAUGAGAACGUGAUUCGCAUUCCAGAUCGGCCACUUCAAUCUGAACUAUACCAGAGGAGAAUGAACGAGCGGAGGCAAGCUCAGGCCGCUGCAGCCAAUCAGAAACCUGCCACCAUCUCAUCACCACCCGAGAUCAAAGCGCCAUCUACAGUCACUUCCCCACCACAUGACGAGAACACCAUGAAAGUACCUGAGCCGAUGCGUCCAUGGCAGCAUUCAUCACCUCGGAAACCAUCUCCAGAUCGGAGGUACGCUGGGAUGCGGUCCCCAAGGCCCUCUCCGGAGAGGACGAGGAUGGAUGUCGAAGGCAACAGGAUGGAGAGCAGAGAGGAGCGUUCUAGAAGCCCCACAGAAGCAGAGAGGGAGAACACUGAACGCCAAGACAAGGAGAAGGGCAUCCCCAUCAAGCUCCGUGUCAAGCGGAAGUGGAACCGUGACAACACCCGCCCACCUUCCUACCAGGAAGUGGAGCCCAAGUCACCUAAGGUCAGCCUGGAGCACAAGCCAUCCUCCCGAUCCCUGCCCUGCACCCCAACCCAGAAGUCCAGUGCCAUCGGCACUGUUUUCCAGUUUCCACCAAUGGCUGAGGACCCUGUCAAGGAGGAAUCCAUGCGCCGGUUCCGGGAUUACUACUUUGACACGGGCCCCUCCCCAUCCAGUGGCCCCCCCCAGCCCAUGCUGGAACUACGCUCUCCUGGUGCUUUCAGUCCAUUCAAAUCGGAGCGCUCGCAGCGAACUCACCUGCUGACCCCGGACCGCGCCUUGGUUCCUGAGAUGAACUUGAUCAAGGUGGAGAGCGACUCCAGCCUCAGCAAGAAGAGAUCCCUGGACCCUGGCCUUUCUGAGGAGGUGUGGAUCAAGCGGGAGCCUCGUCUUGAAGCCAAAGAUCCUUAACUCAGACACCGCCUAGAUGUUCAAGAUCUUCCAGAACAAACUGUAAUUGUUCUCACAAGCAAGCUGAAAGAUUCAAUACCUCUCAUCUUACACACACCUGCACAUUUGACUCAAAAUUAGUUUUAUUGCCAAUGGCAAACGGGUAUGUCUGAGUAGAAAAUCAUACCCUUCUCUGACUAAAAUCAUCCCUUUGCACCAUAAGCACAUAUUGCUUUCCCAUGUUAUAAUGACCACACCGCGAUUCACUACUGGAGUACCACAUCACAUCAUUCGGUGUUGAGUUCAAAUUUAGAGGCAAGUUUCAGACAAGCCAUAAAAGCACUGCUCACAGUUGGUGUUCCUAACUGCAAAACCCUGUGGGCAGUCUUGAGCCUACAAGUCUGGAUGAGGUUAUUUUGUUAGCAAAAGACCUGCUGGAUUAGCAUGAACAUCUUUUCUGUUUGCCUAAGGAGGAGAUGUUACAGUAUUUGAAAUUUCCCUUCAGGCUAGAUGGAUGAGUCGCACUCUCUUAGCCUUUUUUAUGGAACACUGUCUUUGUUACUUACCCCUGGCGUGACAGUCUGUUGUGUACAACAGUUUUGCUGAUUGGCAAGGAUUCGGUUACAGUGCCUUGUAAGGCGAUAGUUGAAAAUGUAAAGUAUGAGGCGUGUACUAUGGUACCUGGGAAUUCCAGCGGGCACAGUGCGCCAGUACCAAUUUUCAGCCAAACGUUUCAAUUUAUGUGUUGGGGUAUUGUAACUCCAGACAUGUCCCUACGAAUACAUGACAGGAUCGCUCACCUUAGAAAACGAGGGUGGUUGUGCUACUCUGAGUACAAGGUGAUGAAACCAUGACAACCCUUUCUCCAUGACAUCCCUAAGCCUGGUAAGGGUGGACUUUUUCACAUGCCUUGAAACAGUGAGUCGCCACAGAAUGACUAGUUGUAAAUAAAGUUCGCAAGAGGUCAAUUACAUCGAGCUGCUGAACAAAACUGGUUGCUUAGUGAUACCUACAGGUUGCUGAAUUUUAUAAACAGGUUGCUAAGCAACUUGAGACUAUUUAUUAAAGCUUUAUCAGUCCCCCCAAAAUGCUGAUUCAAGAAAAUACUUUCCUGGUACUACGUGUUCUUUGUGCACAGCUACAGCCAUUGAACAAGGAAAGAAUCUUUUCUUAGGAAGAAACGAGUUUAAAGUUGUAUGGAAAUCCUCUGUGGGUCUAACUGAUAAUCAGUGCUCCUUCGGCAGCUCUCGGUAGUUUGACUGGAGAUAAAAAUGAUAUAGUUUUUUAGAAGAUUUGAAGGCAAACCUGGAAUCAGGAAUUGUAAAGAAAUGAGACGUACUCGGACACUUUUCUUACUUUGUUUAUUUUUUUAUGCUGAGUGAGGUUUUUUGGUCACAGGGCUGAACUAAUUUCCACUUAGUCUUGGACAUUUUCUGCAUUCACAGUUUUACAAAGAAAUCAUGUGGUUUGGAAAUCUUGACUCUGAAGUCGUUGGAUUGACAUUUGAAAUUCUUAACCUGGUUUAUUGUGAAGACUUCUGGAUUCAAUAGCAUUUGUCAGUCGGUUUUUUGUGGUUACACUUUACAACUACACGUGUGAUUGGCGACUUUCUACAUGAUUUGUAGAUGGUUAACAUUGUUAAAAGAAUUUAACAUCAAAGAAAUUCUUACUGUUUCUUUUUAAACGGAUAGUUGACACCAGUCACACAAUUGUAUGGUAUGAUUAAUAAGUUUAAAUAACAAUGUCCAUUAUUGCCUCUAACCUCCUCUUAAUUAAGCAGUCGUCUGCGAAUUGUGGUCGCCCGUACAGGAUGCCGUUGUUCUGAUAUGGCCAAUUCAAUCGAUGUCGCUGUUCGGUGGCCAACUGUUCUCUUUUCAUAAGAUGAGGCGCAUCACUAGUCUAUUCCAGGUCGCUCGGAACUUUUUCCAUCAGCAACUAUGGCUGCGGAAUCGGGCACGAUGUCUGUGGGUAGAGUAGAAACGCCGUAAAGGGCUUAUUUGUCCAUUCUUUAGAGCCCGCUAAUUUCUCCAGACAGUGAAUUAUUUCUUGAAAUUUAUCCCGGCUAGAUAGAAUUUUUGACGGUGUAUACAAUUUCAGAAUGAUUGCACUUAUUUUGUAUCGUGUAAGUUCUUAGUUUGACAUUUCUCUGGCUUUUUGUUUGCGUUUGGGGUUAAAGCUCCAGGGAUCUGGCAGUGAAAUUAGCAGGAUGAAGUUUCCAUGGCGGCCUAAAUUUGGAAGUCCAAUCGCUGGGCCUUUUUUCUUUAAUUCGAAUAAAUAUUUUGGUCUCAAAAUUUGGUGUUGUCCGAAACAUUAUGUGUAUUGUAAUCGAAUUCAUUUAAUCUAUCUCUGUGUUUAUCUGCUGGAACAUUCAAUAUGAAGACAAUUGUUGGAAUAUCUCUUAUUUGGUCGGCUCGCGCCUUUUCAAAAGUGUCACUUCAAAUCAUGUGAGAGCCUUGACAUCUGUUUGUAAUCGAAAUUUUCGAAGCAUCCGUGAAAUUCCAUUUGACACCCACUUACUGCGAUUAGUGCGGUUUACUUUGAGAUGAAAAAACCUGGGACAAAUUAUAUUUAUUUUCUUAGAACUGAAAGUCGAAUACGCUACAAAGUAAUAUUUGUAGUUUGAUUUUAAUGGUUGUUUUUUCAAUGUUAUUCAGUUUUAAUUCUUUAUUUUUGAUUUAAUUUCCUAUUUUAGUGAAUAGUAAUUUAUGCAGUGUGUUGUUUAUGAACACAAGUUUUAGAACAUUGAGUUACUUUAUUUGAUUUCCAUUCGGUUUACUUUCUCAUUCUGACAGUAAGUACGGUAUUUGAUCCAAUGACGUCACCGACUGCUCCCUAAUAGCGCCCUCUGUUGUCAUGAAAGUCGCUAGCAAAAAAUGCGUGAAUAUUUGUCGGGUUUGAACUGUUUCUUUUGAGUGCUUGUGUAAGUGAAUGGACAAGGUCUUGGAUUUCCUGAACAAAACGUAACAUUAAUUUUGAUAUGAUAAAGUUUUUCCUUGCGUUGCUUUUGUGCACAAAAGCAAACUGGACCCCGCACGCGAACUGCAAUUCUUUCCAAGGUUUCAAACUUCCGUUCAGUGCUUUCCAGAGGAAGUGGUGACGUCGUUUGAAUAGCAGUGUAUCAUUUAGAAUUAGUAACUCAAGACUUUUUUUUAAAAAAAAGCAACAUGCUAACCGACCACGAGAAAAUACGUGCGAGUCGUUGAGCUGAAACCUGAUCGACAUGCGACGGUUUUCAAAGCUGUACAUUGUAUUUAUUCUGUUUUGCAUAUACAUAUAUUUCAUCAACAGUCCCCCUUUUUAAAAACGGCUCAGAACAAGCCACAUGUAGUUUACGUUGGAGGGCAUUAUGGUUUAAAUGAUGUGUUUUUGUUCGGCGGAACUCCCAAUUAGCAGCUUUGUGUGAGCUGCCACUCUCUUUAAGUUUGCUUGUUCGCUUUUUGUAAAAGCCAGAACCACGUGCGUGACGGCAGUAUUCGGUUGACGGUAGCUGUUUCCUACGGUUAUUAUCAUUAUGGUCUUCACCUUUUCCACGUAUACCCGUACAGGCACAGUGUGUUCACAAUUACGAAUAUUGCUCGUGUUAAACUUAUCUCCAGAGAAGGGAGGUGAAUAAAAUCCCCUUCGAUUUAGCCUUGCUGAAACUGAUUUCACUUGUGCAUUUAUACGAGAAUUUACAAUACUCGCGAGAGUUGAAGAAGACGCUGGCAAAUGUCAUCCCAACUAAGGAGAGAAAAAUGACAUGUAAUUAACUGUCUUUGUGGUUUUGAAAACUUCCCCGUAACCUUUCAAAGCAUUGUGUAUGGAUUGUAUUUGUUUUAAAUCACUCUAACCUUUGAAAUUUAUAACGUUUAUUCCAGGAUGCAUUUUCAAAGAAUUGAAACAGUGAUUUUAUAUUGUCCAUUAAAGUUUUUAAACACGUUAUAAAAUAUCUCUCCUUUGGGUAAUUCUUGUGCAGAAAAAUGCGGGAGGAAAUCUAGUAUGCUUUGAUUUGAAGUGCGUAUAGGCCGACUUAGCUUAGCCCACAUACCAACGUGAGGGCUUGUAUUACCGUCACAUCUGAUCCUGUCUGGGUCUGUUCCUUGUCUCAGAAAGAACGGAGACAACGUACUCGAGAUUAUCAAGGGUUUUGGCCAACUUUGAAACUGAUAAAAAUUCCUCGGCAGAGCGCCAUUGACACACAAGGUUAUUGCCGAGUGUACACGACUCGGUCCAAGGUUCAGAAAAAGGAGGAAACUUUAUCUUUCUCGAGUGCACUCGAAAGGGUGGCACGAAAUAUCCAGCUCCUACUCAAGAGCUAUACCCUCUGCGAAAAACUACACGAUCUUGCUCUCCAAGUCUCGUUUUAUGCAGUCGCCUUCGCGAAAAUAACGUCUUUUCGUUGAUGACAUUUUUUCGAAAUUUAAUAGGCCUUCGCGGUCACCAUGGAUAUGAAAACUUUCCAAACGCAACACAACCUCACGGGUGAGCCAUUAGCCAAAGCUGGCCCGUCCGAGCUCGAAUUUCCCGGGAUGACAGGCUGGUCAAGGAAUCUAGCUUGCCUGUUAAAAUAGAUGAUGCUGCUGUCAAGUGGCUAGGGUUCGAAUCCAGACCUAGAGCUCGAAGUCCUGCCCAUUGGGCAGUUCCUCUUAUUGAAAGGUUUAUUGGGAGCGUGCGUAAACGAUGAAGUGUCGUUAGGGCUUUGAGGAGCAUUCGCAGGACUUCAAAAUGAAUAUAAACUAAAUUUCUCAAUCAUGCGGGCGCGCUCGUUCUGUCUAGUGUCCAGUGAUCCCAACACGUCUUUGUUCGUGUAUUGUUCUCCUACAGUUCUAAAUGGAAUACCUUUAUACAGAAAAAACAAUCCCUAAAAUUGUCCAACAUUAUUUAAGAAAUAUCAAACAGGGUCUAAAAAAUUAACAAACACGCCAAAUAUAAUCAGUUCCCAAUCAUGAUCAGUAAGAUAACACAAUUGAUAUGAAAUCGGGGGAAGUGCUUGAGGUUUGCGUGAGAAUCGAGCGAAAAAGAGUCCCUUUUUAAAAACUUGCCUUGCUGUGCUUUGUAACAACUAGAGGGACUGGGUUCAUAAGACGAACUGGUAAUCUGUGGAAAACAUCCGCGAAAAUAGAGUCUUCUCGAAAUAGUUUGGUGAAUGAUCAGAGCUUGACAAAGCACACUUACCUGGAUGCUCCGGCCCUUGAAGUGUAUUGCACAAAAGACGUCUUUUAAAAUGUGGCCUAUUUACGUGGCGUGCCCUGCAACAGUUUUUACAAUGCAGUGUUUUCAUGGGCAGUGUUGAAACGGCGAGACCUAACCGGUCCUGGGCUUGGUUACUGUGCUUCCGUGGGGCAGCUUAGCCACUGACCAAAAAAAAAGGUGCAAAUAAGGGUAUGUUCGAGCUAUUUCAAUGUCAUUACGGUUUAAAGGAUACUUGUAGUCAAUUCUGUAAAGUAUAUACAUUACUUAAAAAGAUAUAUUUAUUAAAAAUGUACACGUAUAAUGUGUAAUGUGUCGAUGCGUUAUAUAGAGGUAACCUUCACUUGCUUUAUCCGUAGGCGUAAAAUACAAAUGUCUGAAUUUUCAAGAGGAAUUUGUAUUAAUCUUGGUGUUUUGAGACGAGGUAAUUUCAGGUAAACGACAAAGUGAUGAUUACAUAAAAGUUUACCUGAAGUUCUGAUGACAAAUUUUGAGAACUUUAUUUUGCUUAUUUGCACAUGCCUUGGAAAUUUAUAUUUGGGGAAAUAAAAUUGACUAUAAAAGUGGA